UAAUUAAUAAUUGAGAUUUUCCAAUAUUCUAACUAUACUAAUAAUUCUCAUUCGAUAUUUCACAUAAUAUAUUUUUAUAUCAUAAUCUAAAUUAUUCAGUAAGAAUAUUGACGAAGUUUGUUGUUGAGCAAUUAGUUUCAAAUUUCUUAGUGGAUACAACGAUUGUUGUUUCUUGAGUUAUUUCAAAUUCGUUACAACAUUGUAAGCUCAACUGCAAUUAUGUCGUUUGUACAAGUGUCGGAAACAAAUGAUGGCGACAGAGAAAUAGUCGACUUACCUUUGGAGGAAGACGGUACUCUAUUAUUAUCUACCUUGCAUGCUCAGUAUCCAGAUGCAUGUGGUCUCAAAUAUGUUGCUCCGGAUAAUGGCAGGACACGAGCAUUGCGUCUAGCUAAUGACAAACUACAUCCACCCAGUGAGGAAGGGUGGGGUGACAUUGUGUACUUUUGUUCAUUUAAUAAAGAUAAUGGACAGAAGAGAAAAUUGAACGAAGAAUUUGAAAGUGAUGUUGAGCGAGCACCCAAGGAACAGAAGUCUGAGGCGACAUCAACAGCUUGGAAGAAUCGUGAUUUACUUGUACUCGGUUUACCAUGGAAAACGACUGAUGAGGACUUAGAAAGUUACUUUAGUAAAUACGGUGAACUGCGCAUGGCACAAAUUAAAAAAACUGCUGAUGGCCGAUCAAGAGGAUUUGGAUUUAUACGUUUCAAGGAACAAGAGUCACAAGUGCGGUCUAUGUUGGAUUCACAUGUCAUUAAUGGAAGACGAUGUGAAAUAAAAAUUCCUAAUAUAAAGGAUGCAUUUAUAAAUGAAGCUCCAAAAAAAAUAUUUGUAGGACAACUUACUGAAAGUAUUACACAAGAAGAUCUCGAAGAUUACUUUAAGAAAUUUGGAGAUAUUGUAGAAGUUUUUGUACCACGUCCUUUCAAAGGUAUUGCUUUUGUGUCGUUCACCAAAUCUGAUGCUGCUCUCACAGCUCUUGAUCAAGAUCACACUAUUAAAGAUGUUCGACUUAGUGUUUCGGUUGCCAUGCCUAAAGAUAAAGACCAAAGGUUCCGUGGAGGUCGUAGCAGUGGCGGAGGUAGUAAUUAUAAUAGCCGAAUGAGGGGAAGUCGUGAUCAUUAUAGUAGCCGAGGCCAUUAUUAUGAUGAUGGUGGAUGGGAUGAUUAUGACCGUGGUAGCUAUUCUGAUCGUUACAGGGAUAAUCGUUAUGACAGGAAGUCGUACAGUAACGAUCGGUCUUACGGAGUUUGGCGCAAAAAUGACUAUAAUGAUUCAUCUUCUCCGUCUCAAAAUAAAGAUGUAAGCAGCCAAAUCGAUCCAAAUUUAGUUGCUGCAGUUGUAGAAAAAACAGUCAGAGGAGUAAUUGGAAAUAUGAGUAACGUAAUGUAACUAUAAUAUUGUUUAUUUUUUAUUGUGUUUGUAUUUUUUGGAUGUAAAUAUAUUGUGACACUAUUUUUUUUGUAAUUGUCAAUCUGUACUUAAAAGAUAUUCAGAAAAUAUAAAACAAAUUGUACAUAAUAUUUAACUAGCUAUAAAAGAUAAUUGUAAUCCUUAAUGACUGAAUGAUAAAUUAUGACACUUGUUUAAAAAGGUAGCUAAGAAUUUAAGAAAAUUUAGUUUAUAUUAAUUUCAAUUAAUAUGUGUCGAGAAAAAAAUAUUAUGAUAUUAACAUAAAUAAUAUUUACAUGAGUUUUGCUACAUUU